AUGAGUACAGGUCGGGACCGCUCAAUCAACCCUUUCUCCGAGCAGGUGGGUGCUCAUGACGACGCAGACCCAGAAAGAAUCCAUUUCUUUCCGCAGAGUCUCGCCUACGCACGAGAUCUACAACUUCAUAAUCCCUCUCCGCCUCUUCUCGGCCGAUCAUCCCUGCAAGGAAACACAGUUCCACCUACCAUCGAGGUGCCGGCUUCGAGUUCGAGAUAUCAGCUACUCAACAUCUCCAACGACCGCCCCUCCCCUGAUCCCAGCUCUCUGUCCAGGCAUCCGAGUUUCGGUCAUUCUCAUCCAGAGCAACCUUUGGCUCCUCCUGCCAGCGGUCACGAAUAUCAAGUCACACUGUUCAAUAGGCAGCUACCUACGCCGGAGACUUCGAGCUCUGGGUUGCACUUUCAGUCACUCCGACAGCGGGUACUGCAACCUCACGGCCUCAACGAGCAGCACUCCCACGCGACGUCUGUUCCACACUUUGAAAACCAAUAUGCGUUAAAUAGCUCAUCAAGCCCCGCCGUAUCUAGCCCUACAACAAGGCUAAGUAAGCGCCCACACGGCCACCCUGUGAUGAGUGUACAUACAUCCCAAGAAGUCGCCAGGCCUGCACAGCCUUCUACGCCACCCUCGCAGACGGAGCAAACCGUACGUCAUCUCGACCUGGGACACGCUCCUCCAAUCGCCAACGGCGUCCACCUUAUCAGCCCUAGGGACGUCUUACCCGAUAGACUCAGAGUUGUUUUCCCUUUCGAACUUUUCAAUGCCGUACAAUCCAAGUCGUUUGCAUCUGUCUACAAAACAAAUGAUAACGUCGUCGUCUCUGCCCCUACCGGAAGUGGCAAGACAGCUAUCUUCGAGCUAGCCAUUUGCAAACUGCUUUCUCAGAAUACCGAUCAAAACUUCAAGGUUAUUUACGUUGCUCCCACAAAAGCGCUAUGCUCAGAGAGGGCGCGUGAUUGGGAGAGCAAGUUUAGGCACUUGAACUUGACCUCUGCCGAACUCACGGGGGACACCUUCAGCACUGAUAUGUCUCGUGUGAGAGCGGCCCAGAUAAUCGUCACGACUCCGGAAAAGCUAGACUCAAUCACAAGAAGAUGGGAGGACUAUCGCAAGCUCCUGGACCUCGUUCAGCUGGUUUUGAUCGACGAGGUACACUUCCUCAAGGACACCCGCGGAGCUACUCUCGAAGUCUUGAUAUGCCGCAUGAAGACCCAGGUAUCCAACAUCCGCGUUGUUGCUCUGAGCGCGACUGUGCCCAACAGUGAGGACGUCGCGAAGUGGUUGGGUCGCGGGAAUACCGACAACCACCAGCCGGCCAGACUCGAGACUUUUGGUGAGGAAUUCCGCCCUGUCAGGCUACAAAAGCAUGUUUAUGGUCUGCAUUGUUCAGGAAAUGCCUUUCAGUUCGAGCCUCAGCUAGAUACGAAGCUGUGUGAGGUGAUAACCACACACAGCCAGAAGAAACCCAUCAUUGUCUUUUGUUUCACGCGAAAGUCGUGCGAGCUGACCGCCAAGAAGUUGAGUCAAUUGUGGAUUUCUAUGGCAGACGACAAGAAACCCUGGCCUGGACCUGGACAGAAUAUGAAAGUCACCAAUGAUGGCCUCCAACAAGUCAUGCAGCAGGGGGUUGCUUUCCAUCACGCCGGUCUGGAGCAACAAGAUCGAUUGGCCGUGGAAAAGGCAUAUCUCGAAGGAAAACUCCACGUCAUUUGUUGUACUUCAACUUUGUCUGUGGGGGUCAACCUGCCCUGCCACACAGUGAUCCUCAAAGGGACUAUGGGGUUCCAAGAUGGAAAACUGCUCGAGUAUUCCGACUUGGAGGUGGUGCAGAUGCUUGGGCGAGCUGGUCGACCGCAAUUCGACAACAGUGCCGUGGCCAUCAUCCUGACCAGGUCUGAGACCAAAGCAAGAUAUGAGGCCAUGGCGUCAGGUACACAAGUCCUCGAGAGCACUUUACAUCACAACCUGAUCCAUCAUCUGAACUCGGAGAUAUGUCUUGGCACCAUCAGAAGCCUCGAUUCGGCCAAAGAAUGGCUCAAGAGCACCUUUCUCGGUGUUCGACUCCACGCCAACCCAUCGCAUUACAAGAUUGACUCGCAGUCUCCCAAUGGGGAGAAACUGCAUGUUGGAAGAUCCAUCGACGACAUGUGCGAGAGAGAAAUCAAUCUGUUGCAGGAGGCAAAAUUGAUCAGAUUCGAUAAUAAUGUUCUUGAAUGCACAACUGCUGGGCGGUCAAUGUCGGAAUACAUGAUUCGCUUCGAAACAAUGAAGAUGAUCCUCGACAUGCCAACUGGAACAAAGAUUCAUGACAUUCUCAUGACGUUGGCGAAAGCUGAAGAGUUCAAAGAUUUGCGUAUCAAGUCCAACGAAAGAGCUCUUUACCGCACACUGAACGAAUCGCCCUUCAUACGCUACCAAGUCAGGGCGAAAGAUAUCACUGAGGCUUGGCACAAAGUCUUUAUCAUCGUCCAGCUCGAUCUUGGUGGUGGUGAUUUUCCGUCCCCCAAAUCAGACACCAGCAGUAGUGUUUCGAAGAAUCACUUCAACAUCACAAAGCGGCAGGUAUCCGAUCGGAUGAAGUGGCUUUUACGGUGCGUUAUCGAUUGCAAAGGUGCCGAGAGAGAUUCUGAGACUGUCAAUAAUGCGCUGGAGCUCCUACGGUCAAUCAAUGCAGGCGGUUGGGAAGGUUUGCCAUCGCAGCUACUCCAAGUCCCUGGCAUAGGACCAGUCUCCAUGCGCAAGCUUACCACCCAUGGCAUCACAAACAUGGCAUCACUGCGCGAAGCAGACUACAUGGCGAUUGAGAAUAUCCUAACCCGGAAGCCACCCUUUGGCAAGAAUCUUAUGGACACCAUGAAGACCUUCCCCAAACUGGGCCUUGAACUGAGUCUCUCUGAAGCAUCCAACUCCAGCCACGCCAGCGAAGACGACCUUUCAGUGGUUAAACUUGAAGCAAAACUGACAUUCGAGGGUCUGGAUAGUGGCAACCCCUCACCAGGUGGCAAGGUUGAGUAUCUUACUUUCCUAGCCGAGACCUCAGAAAAGCGCCUGGUCUACUUUUGGCGUGGAAGAGACUGGAAAGGCAGAGCUGACAGAGCCAAAUUGAUCUUUUCGGCGACAUUGAGCAGCGGAGAAACUGAAAUCUCUUGCCACUUCCACUAUGAAGGUUUGGUUGGGCUCGGCGUCUCGAAGACUGCCCAUCGUACCGUUCCGAAACCCGCCUCUGCCAAGAGGGCGUCACAAAAGUCGCUGCAGCGUAUGUCAUCUGUGACAAAACCGGUCAAAAACAAGAAUUCUGGCAACGAUCCCACCUCGCCCAUCGAGAUUGACGAGGACGGCUUGGAAGAUGAGGAUCUCAUUGAGAUGUUGGAACAAGUACAGCGCACACCAGCAUCUCGCCCUUCUAAAAGGACUGGUGGAGACGAUGCCAGUGAGGACGACGAUGAUGAUGAAUUCCCUUCUGUCGAACACAUCGCAAGAUCGACCAAGACAACCUCUCCAGAGCGGACAACCCACGUGCCGGUGCAGCUCCCCAACGGAAGGUGGAAAUGUAACCAUACUUGUGCUGAGUUUGCUCGCACCAAGACUGGACAGCCCUGCAAACAUAAUUGCUGCCAUGAGGGACUCGAGAAGAAGCCCAAACCAAAGACAAGGGCGAAGAUCGAAGGCAACAGUAAAAAGAGAGGGUUGGAAGUUGAGGAACAAGUCAUUUCCGGUGCUAGGAGUCCUGUGUCAUCGACAACAAAGAGCGCGCCGAUCACCUCCAUGCCUCCACCGAAGAAACCGAAGAUUUCCAAGGCGGUCGAGUCGCAGAGUCUGCAGAGAAACCCGACCACUGCUACUUCAGGCAAACGAGUCCAGAAGUAUAUGGCGCCAACUUCAUAUCAGAUACAAAGGGCACCCGUUAUUGACUUGUCUCAAGAGGAAAACGCAACCUCAGCGAACGAGGCCAAGGGAAAUGAUAAUGGCGAUGGCCCCGGAGUAGUGCCCUUGCAGUAUCUACCAGGCUGGCGAGACCGUAGUCUUGAGGAUUGGGGCCAGCCCGUGCAUUUUGACUUUGACAAUUUCGAGUAUCCGGACCCCAGGAAAGCUGCCCAGGCUGCACCAUCCCCUUUCAGGGAAGGCGGAAUGGAUGUCACCUUGACACCCGAGCCUAUGCUAGGGAUCACAGCCUCUGGCGGCAUCUCGGAGGAAGAUCAAAAGAAGCUCCUGGAGGCGUCACGGAUUCUAGGUUUGCGCUCUUCUCCGGAUAUUGUUCGCACUGAUACAUCCGAGGAAUCAAGCUUGCCUGGAAGUUCAUACAAGGUGACUGACGAGCCUGAGAGUGAGAUCUACAAGCUGGGAUCCGAGCUUGAUUUGGGUCAGAACUCAAUUCCCACCCCUGAUGGGCAUUUCGAAGAUGAGAAUAUGGAGGACACAAUUGUGGUUGCCAACACUACCAAUGUGACAGAGCCAGAAUGGGUCAACGAGAUGGACUCUGACAUUAUGGAUUUCUUCCGGGACAGCAACAUCACGUUCGUCUAG